UUUACUUAUAAGCUACACAGCACCAAUCAUGUAACGGUGUACUACUACCACAGUAGAUCGUAGCUCCAGCUCUACCGCUCUGCAUUGCGAUGAGAAGCUCCUCUCAAGGGGUUAUCCACAACCCUAUUGAGUAUUGACGUCAUCUCGUCACCGGAGAAGUGAUCUCUUACUAAGACUUGGUGAAAGGACAAAAAUUCUCUCGAUACAUAAAGGGAGAAGAGGAGAAACUGAAUCAUACACUUAUAACUAGUAUAAACCAGAGGGGAGCUAGCAGAGCUGUGACUGGCUCAGGUCAGGAAUGGUGGAUCACUUGCCGAUGGGCGAGGAGACCUUCAUGUAUUACACCAACUCUCCGGCAGACCAUCACGCAUUGGACAUGGUGACAGACACGGGUGUCUACCAGGCGCUGUCCUCCCCGUUCUCAGAGGACGACCUGAGUGACUCGUCCAGCGCUCGCUCCUGCUCCAGCCCUGAGUCCCAGGUCCUGGGUUCCAGCUACGGCAGCAGCAGCAGCAGCAGUGGAGAGAGCCAGGACGGUCUCCUGGACUUCCUGCUCUCCCAGGCCACACUGAGACGUGUAGUUACUCCCUCUCUAUCCCCCUCAGUACCACCCAUCCUCCCCAUGGGUCUAGCAUGGGAGUCAAAGAGGGACCGCCUGUCUCCACCGACUAAAGAGGAGUGCUUUGAAUUCCCUGAGUUCCCAGCGGACCUGGAUGAUCACAUAGGGCUGCUGUUUCAGCCCACCCUGGAGGAGAUAGAGGAGUUCCUGGAGGAGAAUAUGGAGGUGGUGGCGUUGAAGAAUGAGGCUUGCGAGGGUGGGAUGUUGGAUGUAAACAGUCAGGUGACAGGGUCGGUGCCUGGGCUAGCGCACUCAGACCAAACAGUACCUGUUGCCGGUGCUACUGAACUCACCACAGAGACCAAACACACGCCAACAUCCCCGAUAACAGACUCCAACGUUUGUAGUGGGAUUAAACAGGAAGACAGUGCUGGGACACCAGCAUCAGUAGAGGGGUCCGGUGUGCCGCCUGUCAUCCUGCAGAUUCAACCAAUCCAGAUUAAGCAAGAGCCAAUCCCAGGUGUGAUACCAACACCAGUAUCACAGCAGACCACCCAGCCCACCUCAGACAUCAAAAUCGCCCAGCUCCUGGUCAACAUCCAGGGCCAGACUUUUGCCCUGGUGCCCCAGCUGAUGUCCCCAGCUAAUCUCAAUGGCACAUCUUCCAAAUUUGUGCGCAUCGCACCCGUACCCAUAGCCGCCAAGCCCCUGGGUCCCGGGGAGGGUGGGCUUGCAGGUGGCCAGGCUGCAGGGAUCCUGGUGGGAGGACAGAAGUUCCAGAAGAGCUCGGUAGCGGACCUUAUAAAAAUGCACAAGUGCACUUUCCCUGGAUGUGCCAAGAUGUACACCAAGAGCAGCCACCUGAAGGCCCACCUGAGGAGGCACACGGGGGAGAAGCCCUUUGCCUGCACCUGGCCUGGCUGUGGAUGGAGGUUCUCGAGGUCAGACGAACUCUCCAGACACCGGCGCUCCCAUUCUGGAGUGAAGCCUUACCAGUGUCCUGUUUGCGAGAAGAAGUUUGCCCGCAGCGAUCACCUGUCCAAACACAUCAAAGUCCACCGCUUUCCACGAAGCAGCAGGACUGUGCGCUCCGCAAACUGACCCUGCUGACCCCCCCCCCCCCCCCCCCAUAUCCUGCUAGACUGAGGCCACGCCAGGGGACACAGAGAGACAAGGAGAGGAUAUUUGUGUGAGAGCGAGAGUUGGAGGAAUGAAUGUGGACAAGGGCAUGUAGCAGAGGGGACAGUGGGACUGAACGUUCAAACAACGGUUAAGAGAGAGAGUGUUUGAAUGUUUUGUUUGUUUAUGUGUGUGUGUUUGUGCAAGAUUGUGUGACGCACGUUGGUGGUCCUGUGAUAAUUUAUUGGGUGAUACAAAACAAAAACUCUUACUUGACAUGACAUCUUCACAGGUGUAUUACGUCUUGUAAAUAGCUUUUCUUUCAUUUUGGGGGUUUUGUCAAAUUUUAAAGAUAACAUUUGAGAAUCGAAAAGAAGUUUUUUGUUAUGCAAAGUAUUUUUACACUGAGGUUUGAAUUAAUUGUUGUUGAUGUACCUGCCUAUAAUUAAUGCAUCAACAUUCCUUCUUCUCAUCGCCAAGGGAGUUUUAAACUUUUACUACGUAGUUCUUCAAACCAAAACAUUUAUAUUAAUACUCAAAUGUUCAUGUUGAACUACUGAUCAUUAUCAGGAUCAUGCCAUUAUAAGCUACUGGCAAAAUGUGGAGGAUGCUGUCUCCUAUUUUCAUUACAGGAGCACUAUGAUGACUCGUGCCAGGUAAAAGGCCUGUGGAUCAGCUAACAGCUAACAGUGAACAGCCAACUGCCGUACAACGAGGUGCAACAAAAAGGAAAUGCGCACAUUGUUUUAUGGUGCGUUGUUUAUAUGUGAACCGACUGGCCUUUUGAUCAGUACUGAAUAAUUGUAUGUUUUCUUUUUGUAUACGUUAGCUGGAGGAGAUGUUAUUUUUUAUUUGGUUGAAUGUGUGUUAUGUCCGUGACUCUUGAAGCUCAUGCUAUUUGAAUAUCAUGAUGUCAUCCGCGUGUCUGGCCUGGUAACAAUGCAGUGCCUUCGGAAAGUAUUCAGACCCCCUGAUCUUUUUGCACAUUUUGUUACAUUACAGCCUUAUUCUAAAAUUUAUGAAAUAAAAAAAAAUCUCAACAAUCUACACACACACAAUACCCCAUAAUGGUGAAGCGAAAACAGGUUUUUAGACAUUUUUGCAAAUGUAGAAAUACAGAAAUACAUUAUUUACUUAAGUAUUCUGACCCUUUGCUAUGAGACUCACAAUUGAGCUCAGGUGCAUCUUGUUUCCAUUGAUCAUCCUUGAAAUUAUUCUACAACUUGUUUAGAGUCCACCUGUGGUAAAUUCAAUUGAUUGGACAUGAUUUGGAAAGGCACACACUUGUCUAUAUAAGGUCCCACAGUUGACAGUGAACGUCAGAGCAAAAACCAAGCCAUGAGGUCGAAGGAAUUGUCCGUAGAGCUCCGAGACAGGAUUGUGUCGAGGCACAGAUCUGGGGAAGGAUACCCCAACAUUUCUGCAGCAUUGAAGGUCCCCAAGAACACAGUGGCCUUCAUCAUUCUUAAAUGGAAGAAGUUUGGAACCACCAAGACUCUUCCUAGAGCUGGCCACCUGGCCAAACUGAGCAAUCAGGGGACAAGGGCCUUGGUCAGGGAGGUGACCAAGAACAUGAUAUUCACUCUGAUAAAGCUCUAGAGUUCCUCUGUGGGGAUGGGAGAACCUUCCAGAAGGACAACCAUCUCUGCAGCACUCUACCAAUCAGGCCUUUAUGAGAGGCCAGAUGGAUGCCACUCCUCAGUAAAAGGCACAUGACAGCCCACUAGGAGUUUGCCAAAAGGCACCUAAAGACUCUCAGACCAUGAGAAACCAGGUUCUCUGGUCUGAUGAAACCAAGAUUGAACUCUUUGGCAUGAAAGUCAAGCGUCACGUCUGGAGGAAACCUGGCACCAUCACUACGGUGAAGCAUGGUGGUGGCAGAAUCAUGCUGUGGGGGGUGUUUUUCAGUUUCAGGGACUGGGAGACUAGUCAGCAUCAAGGCAAAGAUGAACAGCGCAAAGUACAGAGAUCCUUGAUGAAAACCUGCUCCAGAGCGCUCAGGACCUCAGCCUGGGGGCUAAGGUUUACUUUCCAACGGGACAACGACCCUAAGCACACAGCCAAAACAACACAGGAGUGGCUUUGGGACAAGUCUCUGAAUGUCCUUGAGUGGCCCAGCUAGAGCCUGGACUUGAACCUGAUUGAACAUAUCUGGAGAGACCUGAAAAUACCUGUGCAGCAAUGCUCCCAAUCCGGCCUGACAGAGCUUGAUAGAAUCUGCAGAGAAGAAUGGGAGAACCUCCCCAAAGACAGGUGUGCCGUUCUUGUAGCAUCAUACAAGAACACUCAAGGCUGUAAUCGCUGCCAACGGUGCUUUAACAAAGUAAAGGGUCUGAAUACUUAUGUAAAUGUAAUAUUUAAGUUUUUAAAUGUUUUAUUAACAUGGUUUUGCUUUGUCAUUAUGGGGUAUUGUGUGUAGUUUGAGGGGGAAAAUAUUUUUUGCAUUUUUCGAAUAACGUAACAAAAUGUGGAAAAAGUCAAGGGGUCUGAAUACUUUCCGAAGGCACCGUAUGUCCUUUGGGGCCAAUAUCUCAACUGAGUACAGAGGAUCUGUUUGAACAUAAUUAUAGCACUUAGUUGGUGGCUGUACAAAAUCUACAUAGCACAUGAGCUUUGAAUGUGUGCCAUCUUCUAUACUGUACACCAAUAUGAGCAUGUCAAUCAGAACAUAUGUGUGUAUGUCAGUGUCACUGACAGUCGAUCAAUGUUCCAUACAAUGCUGGUGUAGGAGCAAUGAAGGACCCAAUCCAUGAAAUCAAUGUCAGUGUAAUCAAUGUUUUCAGUAAAACAGUUGAACUAUGUUUUUUAGGGAUUCUAGCUUCACUAGCAUGAGUUCACUGUCUCCUCAAUGUCAACACAAUGGUCUGCCUCGUGUCAUCAACACCUGGUACUGGAACAAACCUAUAGCCUUCCAACAGUGACUUCUACUUCAAAUUGAUAGCAGUGCUAAGUAAGCCAAGGCUCCUGAGGGAUUGAAUGUGGUGGAUAAGAACUGGAAUUGCAUGGUGCUAUUUAUGAGUUACUUUACUCUUGAACACGUGACAGGAAAUGGUCAUAGAAAUCUCUCCAAUGCACGUGGCCGUAGUCACCCUCCUUGCCUACAGCUGACACGUGAUUGGCUUAGGUAGGGGGGGGGGGGGACGAAAAACCAUUAUAAACACAGUAUUUGUGUUUUCUUUUCCCUCUGCAAAAACUGCACUGUCUUUGAUGGCAUGUCUUUUAUGUAUUAUCAACUUCUGAACCUAAGAGGUAUAGGGAGAACAGUAUGCUUAUAGGAACGCAUUCCUUCCAUUCAAUUUGAAAGGCUUUUUUAAUAAGAAACGGUGUUAUUUUAACCCAUGAAUGUAUGUAAAUACUGUCGCUAGAUAUGCAUCUAAAAGAAACAGAAAUAUUAUUCUUAUCAUUUCUGGGAUUGUGUACAUUUCUAGUGCAAAACAUGUAAAGAAGUGUACAUAAUGACAAUUAAUGAUAUAUUAUAUAGAUAUCAUAUAUUUUUCUUUGUUCUACGUUAAGAUGCAUUUACAAAUAAACCAAACCCAAAACAUAAAGUAGUUAUGCUUUUUCCCAUAUUUGGUCUAGUUAGAGCUUUGUUGUCCAAAAAUAAUCCGUGGUCAUUGACGCAAGGUCCGUUGUUGUCAUUCCAUUUUUGCAUGACUCCCUGCUUUCUAUCACUGUGACGCCUACUCUUUAUCUGUAGCAUUCAUCAUAAUCUGCUAUUACACUACCAACAGGGGGAAAACAGUCAAAUAACACAAGGGUACAGUGAUAUGCUUUUAUUACCCUUUAUGGCCAUGGGUCUCUCCAGUGGACCGUUUGGUUUCUCAAAUAAGCUUUUGUUUUCAGGUUUGUUUUAUACCCUUGCUUCCGAGUGAGUUGGUUGGAAAAACAUUUUUUAAAGCUAGACAAGAAACUUUAUUAAGCUGGAAAACUCGAGGAAUGCCAGAAUAAGAUGUACACCAUAUGGCAAGCAUUCAUGGAGCACUCACUCGUUUUCUCCCACUCUCUCAUGCUCUCUCUCCUUGUCCCUAUGUGCAUUUAACUACUUCUUUAAUGGGAGGCUGGAUGGGUCUCACUGCAGGCAUGUUUGCCAGCCACAUAUUUGCUGAGUCAUUCUGUAUAAACAGAGAGAGCACGCCUGACUAUAUGAUGCUGUUAUUUAUGUAGCCCACAUUGAUUUAUGAGCCGCUAUAGUUUAGAGGCAUUCUGGGAUGCAGGAGGACUUAAUUCAAGACAUCUGUUUGGGGACCAUUCUGAUUUCAGGCCUAGUAUCUUCAGCCCUGUUCUUGUCUUCAGGCUAUACAAAGGCAGUGUUGUCAUUCUGCUUGAUGUUCAGACACCACUGUGUUGAUCUGAGGUGUAGGAGACCUCUGGGUGCCUUUUGCGUCCUUUGAUAUUUUAUGUAGAAAUUAUGCACCAAUAUUGAGUUUUAAAAGCGUGUUAUAUUAAACGAAGUGACCUUUAAUAUAGACCACAUGGAGAAUUCAAUAAAUCUGUCCCUCCGUCAA